GCCGCACCGCCCGGGCCGGCGCCGCGCGCGGGGGAAACUGGCGGGCUGAGGCGCCCCUCUCUCCUCCUCUUACCCGGGCCGCCCCUCUGCCCCGGGCCCGCGAGGCCGCGCGUUGCCGCCCGAGAGAUGAUGCAGGACGUGUCCAGCUCUCCAGUCUCGCCGGCCGACGACAGCCUGAGCAACAGCGAAGAGGAGCCGGACCGGCAGCAGCCGCCGAGCGGCAAGCGCGGGGGGCGCAAGCGGCGCAGCAGCCGGCGCAGCGCGGGCGGCGGCGCGGGGCCCGGCGGGGCCGCGGGCGGGGGCGUCGGAGGCGGCGACGAGCCUGGCAGCCCGGCCCAGGGCAAGCGCGGCAAGAAGUCUGCGGGCUGCGGCAGCGGCGCGGGCGGCGGCGGCAGCAGCAGCGGCGGCGGGAGCCCGCAGUCCUACGAGGAGCUGCAGACGCAGAGGGUCAUGGCCAACGUGCGGGAGCGCCAGCGCACGCAGUCGCUGAACGAGGCGUUCGCCGCGCUGCGGAAGAUCAUCCCCACGCUGCCCUCGGACAAGCUGAGCAAGAUCCAGACCCUCAAGUUGGCGGCCAGGUACAUCGACUUCCUCUACCAGGUCCUCCAGAGCGACGAGCUGGACUCCAAGAUGGCAAGCUGCAGCUAUGUGGCCCACGAGCGGCUCAGCUACGCCUUCUCGGUCUGGAGGAUGGAGGGGGCCUGGUCCAUGUCCGCGUCCCACUAGCAGGCGGAGCUCCCCACCCCCUCGGCAGGGCCGGAGACCUAGAUGUCAUUGUUUCCAGAGAAGGAGAAAAUGGACAGUCUAGAGACUCUGGAGCUGGAUAACUAAAAAUAAAUAUAUAUGCCAAAGAUUUUCUUGGAAAUUAGAAGAGCAGACCCAAAUUCAAAGAAACAGGGCGUGGGGCGCACUUUUAAAAGAGAAAGCGAGACAGGCCCGUGGACAGUGAUUCCGAGACGGGCAGCGGCACCAUCCUCACACCUCUACAUUCUGAUAGAAGUCUGAACAGUUGUUUGUGUUCCUUUUUUUUUUUUUGACGAAGAAUAUUUUUAUUUUUAUUUUUUCAUGCAUGCAUUCUCAAGAGGUCGUGCCAAUCAGCCACUGAAAGGAAAGGCAUCAUUAUGGACUUUCUCCAUUUUAAAAUGGUAACAAUCAGAGGAAUUUUAAGAACAUCUUUAGAAAUAAAAAUACUGGGAUCAAACUGACUUGCAGAAUCACAGUCAGUUAAUUCCUUUUUUCAUUCUUCCUCUGAGGGAAAAAAACUUAAAAUACAAAAAACAACAUUCUAUUUAUUUAUUGAUGACCCAUGGUAAAAUGCAAAUAGAUCCGGUGUCUAAAUGCAUUCAUAUUUUUAUGAUUGUUUUGUAAAUAUCUUUGUAUAUUAUUUUUCUGCAAUAAAUAAAUAUGAUUGAAAAUUUUAAGAACCUUAGAGUUUGGUCUAUAUUUUUAAAGCUCAGGAUUAAGUUGGAGGUAAAUACCUGCUUGUUUAACUCUGUAGGCACCCAGGAGGGAGGGGGCUCUAACAUAAACAAAGCAGGGAAAAUCUCAAAUAAACUAGCUGACAGGCACAGGCACGUUAUUUAGAAAGACAGCUUUAUUAUUCUUGCAGUUAGGUGUCCAGUGGGCUUAGCAGCAUCUCUCCAUCUCUUAUCAGGUCCUCAACCAGCAAAAACUUUAAUUUGUUACUCACCUCUCUUGCUUAUAUUUUAAGGAGGCAGCUGUAAAACAGUUAACUGCAACCCAGCAGCAUGAAGCCAAAACUAUUGUCUCUUGUUACUGUGUAUUUUUGUCAUGCCCUCUACUCUUUGUGAGGAUUUUUAAGUGAUAGUUUCAUUUCAGUGAAAGGAAUGGAUAAAGUGUUAUUAAAAUGAUGUAUACACACAU